UUACAUUUUUAAAAUGGUUACAGAAAAUACAAAAGAAUUUUCAAAAAAUGUUCAUGAUGAUUUGUUUAGAAACAAGUAUUUUAAGAUUCUAUUCAAAAUUGUAUUUACAGUAAUUAUACUAGCACUUCUCGUCUAUUACUACUGGAAAUUAACAUGGAUCACAUCCAAAAAUGAAGAUUCAAGAAUUAGUAUACUUUUGUACAUUACCUAUGUUACAUUGAACAUAAUAUUGAUUAUAGUAUGUUUUUUUAAUAUCUAUAUGGGCCAUGACAUAAAUACCAGUUUUACAAAAAAUAUUGCCUACAUAGAUUUCUUAUCUCAAAAUAUAGAGCUGAGUUACAACGACAGUGUUAGUACAUUUAUCACUUAUAAACAAAUGUUGCUUAUUAUCAUAACGACAACCAGUUAUGUAGUAUUUUAUCAUCUAGCAUUAACAGAAAAUGAUUUUCCAUCAGUUGAUUUUACUGAAAUUAUUUGUAUACCUACAGUUUGGCUACUUAUAUUUCAAAUCAAUGUUAAAUUGAAUCAAAUAUCAAGCAGAUUUAACUAUAUAAAAAACAUACUAGAAGCAUGCAAAGAAAAAUCAACAGGUUUUUAUUGGAUACACUGGUAUACUAUUAGGCCAAAAGAAAUAACAAUAUUAAAUCGUAUGCAUUUAUUCACAUACAUAUCAUUUAUAGAAGUUUGUACAUAUUAUAAUAUUCAACUACUAGUUCUGAUACCCAGGGUUAUAUUUUUUAAUGUGCUACCAGUUCAUUAUAAUAUUGUGACAGCGCUAGUUGCUGAUGAAAGAAAUACUUCUCACAAAUGGUCUCAAAUAUUUACAUUGUCAGUUAUUAUUUUUACAAUAUGGCCAGUUAUUCAUCUAGUAAAAUGUACAAGCAAUACCAUUGAAAAAGGAGUUCAAAUAACACACACAGUCCAUACGCUGUUGGAUAUAGGACAAAAACAAGACAUUGAAGAUGAAUUAUAUCUAUUCUCACAACAGUUAUUAAAGAGGCAACUACAAUUUUCAAUUAAAGGAUUUUUUGUAAUUAAGCCUUCACUUGUUGCUUCAAUGAUGGAGUUAAUUAUUACAUACGUUAUAAUUCUUUUGCAAUUUCAAGAUUCAUUAAAAUCUAUUUCACCAGCUCAAUUUUUAGUUAAACCAAGAUCGAAAUAAAGA